AUGCCUACGUACCCAAACAAUGCCAUCCAAGACUCGACCAUCGAGACGCAUGCGAAGGCUCUUCGAGAUACGCUAUCCUCUACUACUAGGGUAUACCACCCGGACUCGACGGAGUUUAAAACACUAUCAGCAAGAUGGUCCGCGUUGGCCGGGCCUAAGGUGAAUGUUGUGGUGGUUCCUUCUACGGAAGACGACGUCGCUAAGAUUGUCCAGUACGCGAGGACGACCGGGUUGCCCAUCUUAGCUUUCAACGGUGUUCACGCCGCCAUUACUACACUAGGCCGUAUGCAAGGAGGGAUUGAAAUCUAUAUGGGCCAGUUAUCAAAUGUGAAAAUUGCUCAGGAUAAUAAGACGGUAACUAUUGGUGGAGGGACAUUGACUAAGGCUGUUACGGAUACCCUUUGGAAUGUGGGAAAGCAGACGGUGACAGGUACAUGCGAAAGUGUGAGCGUUCUUGGGCCUGCACUAGGGGGGGGUCAUGGUUGGCUCCAAGGACAUUACGGGCUCAUAGCAGACCAAUUCAUCUCUAUGAACAUCGUGUUGGCAGAUGGGACCCUACAUACGAUCGACGCAAGCUCGGAUCUUUGGUGGGCUAUGAAGGGCGCUGGCCAGAAUUUUGGCAUUGUAACCUCUCUUACCUCUAAGAUCUACGAUAUUGAGCAGUACGACUGGGCGAUCGAGACCCUCAUAUUUGACGGCGAUAAAGUCGAAGCCCUUUACCAGGCCGUCAAUGACUACCUCUCUCCUGUACCUGCCCAUCUUAUCAAUUGGUCGUACUGGCUUAAUAUCCCCAACAUUGAUCCAAACAAACCAAUCGUCAUGUUGUACAUUAUCCAAGAAGGAGCAACAGCCGUCAGUCCUACCUACACGAAACCCUUCCACGACAUCGGGCCGCUUUCGAUCGAUGCCGAAUCGGGCGACUACCGGGACCUCGCUAGAUGGACCCAAGUCGCCCUUGAUUCCCCCCCUUCUCAAAAAACCGGGCUCGCCAAUCCGCGCUUCCCUGCCUACAUUAAAGAAUAUAACGUCGCAGCUCAGAAGCUAGCAUACGACGCCUUUGCCGCUGAAGUAUCAGGGAACUCCCCUUUCGCCAAGUCGAUUUUCAUGUUUGAAUCCUACCCCGUCCAGGGUGUGCAAGCAAUCGAAAGCGACUCCACCGCAUUUGCCUUCCGAGACGAUAACAUUCUGACCGCUCCUCUGAUAGCCUACAUGCCCUCUAGCGACGAACUCGAUCGGCAAGCAGCUGAGCUAGGUAACAAGCUUCGUGAGAUUAUCCGUCGAGGAAGUGGAAGUGAAGAGUUGCACGCGUACGUAAACUACGCUUUUGGUGAUGAAUCACCGCAGAAUUGGUACGGCUAUGAGCAAUGGCGACAGGAUCGGCUCAUGGCGCUGAAGAAGAAAUACGAUCCCGAUUGUCGAUUCAAUUUCUUCGCACCUAUAAAGCACGACACCUAUCGGGAAGAGUGA